CCGACGCUGCCAAUGGGCGCCGCCGCCGCCGCCCGCCGCAUGCGCGGGGCUCCGCCCGGACCGAGCGCUGCGAUCCCCGCUGUGUCCCGCGUGGCGGUGCGGCUAUGCCGGGGCUGCUCCGAAAGUAAUGCCUCUUAUUUCAUUCUAUCGGCCCGCGGCAGCGUAGGCGGAUGGCGGUGGGAUGGAGGUAGAGGUUGAACCUUUCCGCCGAUAUCCCGUGACGUUUCGUUGCCCUAUGACAGAUGGCAGCGGAGAGGCAGUCUGACAAAAUAGCUUCGUGACAUGGAAGGGUGUAGGGAGCGGAGGGACGGGGCUGAAUGUCUCCACGCAGAAAAAAUUAGCAACCAUUGACAUCCGUCAACUUUGAUGGAGCACAGUGGUCACCUCUGCUGGUGCAGGUUGUUACCAUGCAGACUGCUGAUCAUCGCCGAUGAAAAUGCAUAGCUGACGAUGGUGGCUAUGUUGAAAUAAUUGUGUUUUGUAGCUGAGAAGCUGUUAAAUAGCAUUAUUGUGUUCGUUAUUUGUUUUCUUUUCCACAAAAAUAAAUAGGAGGCAUUACUUUCGGAGCGACCUAAAAUAAGCACUCAGAGCGGCCCGCAUCUAUCGUCUUUUUCCCAGUCAAAGCCGGGCGAUGCAGACCUCACGGCCUUCCGGGCCUAUCAAAGCCUUUAUUUUUCAACACAUCGGCUCCAUCCUCCUCCUGCCCCCGGCGCCCCCGCCUACCGGAGGCGAAGGGCCGCAGGGCGGCUGCCGGGCACCGGGGGCAGCAGAACCGUGGCGGGCCGGGCCGGGCCCAGGGCGGCUGCCGCAGACGAAACGUCCGGCGCCGGCACGGAGUCGCGCUCAUCCGUCCUUCCGCGUGCGGUGCCGGCACGGGCUGCGGGGAGCGGAGGGUCCCCUCGUACGUAACGCGGCCUCUUCUACAACCUCGUGCCGAGCUGCAGCACCGCGCUGCGCUCCGAGCCGUCGGUCUGCGCGUGGGGCCGCGCCCGGCGUCUGUGCGUCCAACCGGCGGAAUCGGGCUCCACCUGGCGACGUCCUCCGGCCUUCGGGCGCGGGCGGCGCUGCGGGCGGAGGGGCAGAGCUGCGGGGCAGCGCGGUGUCCCCGCGUUGGGCGGCGGCUUUGCGCGGCCGUCCCCGGGCGCUCUGCGGCACUGCAGCACCACCCGCUGGGCUGCCGCUCCCCGGGGCUCACGGCCGCCGCUCUGCCCCUGCGCUGGGAUCUCUUUCGUCUGAGUCAGACACCUGCAGAGCAGAACUGAAGGACAGGUACAUGGGCCGCAUUACAGAGUGCAGCACACACUGCAGCCCAACCUAGAGGUCAUACAGCAGCUUCCAUUUCCUGCUGUGCAUCACCAGAGCGUCCUGCAGAGCUUCCCUUCCUGCCAUGGCACAGACACAGUGCUUUCUGAAGAACUUCCUCAGAAAUGCAGAAAGGAUGCCGCGGCCUCUCAGUUCCGUGCCCACUUCCAGGCUGACAGCACAGAACAGCCUCUGCCCAGGGCCAUCUGUGUAAUGCACCAGGGGAGCAAUGUUUCAGAAGAACACAUCACUGCAUUUUCAGUUGCUGGUGGCAUUUUCUUUAUUGCAGUUAUGUAUAAUCACAGAAUAUUAAGAUGCAAUAAUAAAAAAAUAAACAAGAGAGUUAGG